AUGAUGCGAGUGAGGAACUUAGCUAUUCAACUAUCUAUUCAUGAUUAUCAGUUUCUUUACGUUAUGACAACUAACCAUAAUACAAGUUUAUUGGAAUUAAAAGGGUUCCAGAUCUCACAAAUUGCUGUUGAUCCUAUAGGACGUUGUGUUGCAUUAUGUGGAACUGAUGAACUUGUAAUAUGCCCAUUGAAACAUCCUUCACAGUACAGUGCAUUUUCCUUACCUUCAAAGUUAGGAUGCUCUGGACUUGCUUGGCAUCCAAACGAUCAUACAAAACUUGCAAUUGCACGUUCUAAUAAAUGUGAACUUCUUCUUUGGGAUGUCAAUGAAUGUCGAUUAAGUACAAACACUAGUCUGGGUGGAUAUGUUCGUGUCAUCAAUUCACUGGAUUGGAGUCCAGUUCAUCCAUUUCUUAUAGCUACUACAUCCGCAGAUCAGUUCCGUGCCAUUUGUGUUUGGGAUUUAAGGGAUAUGUCACGACCAGUUCGAUCUAUGGAAUCUCUUUCUUCACCAAUUAUUGUCAAAUGGAAUAGAUUUUUAAGUGAAAAAUUUGCAACCUGUCACUCAUCGGGUGUUCGUACUUGGGAUUUGCGGUCUAAUGUUCCAGAACAGUACAUCUCUGUACAAGCUGAUCACGUUCGUGAUUUCGAUUGGUCGCCUCAGAAUGUCAAUCAGAUGGUGACAGUCAGUGAAUAUUCUGAAAUGCGUCUAUGGGAUACUGAAAAUCCUUCAUAUCCUCUGAAAAAGGUCCGAUUUCAUGAAAUAAAACUGAAGAAAGUAAUUUACACUCCUUCAGGUGAUCAUAUUAUUAUUUUACCGGAGCAGUCUCAUUGGUCAGUUCACGGGAUAUCUGUGUGGUCUAGUGCUGGUUUGACACAAUCUCAUGAUUUAUUCCAAGUAAUGGAAAGCCAUGAUAAUAGUGACACUAAUAACAAUGAAAUUACUGUCAAUAAAACGUCUGCUAAUAGUAUAGUGAAUUCAAACAAUAAUAAUAAUGGUAAUAGUAAUAAUAAUCACAUAAAUGAUCAGCAGAUUUGUCAACCACGUUCUACAGAUUCAUAUAUAUUAGAUAUGAAUUGGUUGAUAUGCUCCUCUUCAAAUCUCCCAUUUUCUCCACUGACAACGACAGAUGAUCAUGAAUUAACGACAAAUUUUAUUCUGGAUAAUGAAAUAUCGACAGCAAAUCAAAAUUUAGAAUAUUGUCCUAAAAAAAAUGUACAUUUACUUACUUGGUCAAUGGAUAAUAUACUUCGUGUUUAUCCAAUUCAUUUUAAAUCAAUUUCACAUCAUGAUAAUGAACCAUUAUCAAAUCAAGCAAAUAAACAAACAAGGAUAAUAAAAGAGAAAUCAGAAGAUUUAUUAGAUGAUAAAUUAUCAACGAAUUUCAAUCCAAAGACAAAUCAAUCAAAGAAGUUUAGUAAUACUUCGACAAACAAUUUAAAUAAACUAAAGGUUAUUGACCCGCAACAUCGUGGUGAAGAUUUUGGCCAACGUUCUUCUGUCUCCAAAUCAUGUUUAUCUAUUUCGAAAAGUGGACCGAAUGCAGAUCCUAAAUGUGGAAAUCAAGAAGAUAGUGCAUUCCAAUUUCUCGCUCAAGAAUUAUCUCUGUUAAGCCAUAGAGCUGGACAAUAUAAGUUAGAAGAAAUGGAUCUUAUCAAUCGUACAGCUAAAUUAAUUUUAUUUUACUGUCGUCGUAAUCAUCAUCAUCAUUAUUCAUUAUGUUCAGUAACUAAUACACUUCGAAGACGACGUCAUAGUUCUGUAAUGAAUAAUGAAGGUCUUGAUAGUCUACUAUUACCUCCAACUGCUGAUCUAAUUUCACAAAUGGAAUUUUCUGAACAUUCAAAUUUUUGGAAAGUACACCAUCGUAAUUUAUCAUCAACAACUGAUACUGAACGUACAAUAUCGAAUCGGACUAGCAUUAGUAAUAGUGCUGUUAGUGUUGAUAAUGAAGAGAGUACACAUUUAACAAAUUAUCCAUCAAAUCACCCAUUUACUUUAACCUUUGAUAAUAGUCAUGAAUUAGAAAAUUCGACGACUAACAAUACACAUAACUAUGAAAUGCCAUUAGCUGGUUCAAUAAUAUUAAGUAUAGAAUUCCCUGAUAAUUAUCCAUUAAAUGGAGCUAUACCAGAAUUUCAUGUACUUGAUUGCAGUCCACCCUUACCUCCAGAAGUAUUAGAUGAAUUAAAGGAUGUUUUAUAUUCAACUGCAUCUGAACUAGUGUCCACCUCACGUGGUUGUGUUGAACCAUGUAUACGAAAUGCUGUGAUCACUUUACAAACAUAUCCUACGUUAAGUAAUCAAAUAGAAAAUAAUUCUAAAAAAUUAAACUUAACAAAUUUAUCUACUACUAAUUAUGAUAUGCUUAAUGUUAAUAUGGAUACACUGAACAAACCAAUUAUUGAUACAACAGCUUCAAUGAAACAAAAAUGUCAUUAUACAAUAGGUAUUCCUUUCCCAAGAACAUCUGGUGUUCAUUUUACCACGAAUGGUCUAAUUGUAACAUUCGGUCUACCAGAAUCUUUGUCAUUUAUACGUAAUUCAAUAAAAUCAACUUCAUCAGAUGAUAAAUGUCAAGUAGAGUUAACAAAUAAUAAUAAUAAUAAUAAUAAUAAUAAUAAUAAUAAUAAUAAUAAUGACACAAAAAAAGAUUGGACACCACAAUCAUUUAGUGAAUAUCAAACAUUUAUCCAACGAUUUUCAUCAGCAAAUCGUGAAUAUAAUGAUGAUAUGAGAAGAUCAUUUCAGAAUUGUAUUGGAAAUAUAAUUGAUUCAUUUGCUAGAUUUGAGGUAGAUUGUAAAGAACAACAACGACAACAGCAUCAACCUCAUAAAAAACAGAAAAUUAUCACUGAAUUAAUUGACAAAAAUAGGUUAUCUUUUAAAAUGAAUGUAGAACUUAACCAAAAUUCAAUGAAUUCAACAGCUAAUGAUGCUGAAGUAAAGAAAAAUUCGUUUGAGUCUGCUCGUGUGACGGAACAAAAAUGGUUCAAUUCCAUUUCAACAACACAUCCCAACUCUCCUGAUGUCCAGAAUCCAACUGAAAUGUUCCUCAGUCAUUUCAGUAUGAUUUAUCCAUCUACUAUUCAAAUUUAUGACAUGAGCCCUUUAAUUUGGGACCGGCAUUUAAUGUAUGAUUACAGCUUAAACACCGAAAAUUUACAACAGAUGUGCAUUCACAAUCUUCAUGCAGUUUAUAAUACUCAUCGAAAGGAUCUUAUUCGAUUCUGGCAAUAUGCUCUAGUUAUGUCGAUCUCACUUAGUCACACAGAUCAUUCUCACCAAGUUUAUCAACCUUUAGCUUCACAAUUAAUUGGUAGACCGUUAUUUGAUACAUGGAUUCGACAUUUCCUUCGUAUACAUGAUGUUCAAAGUUUGGCAAUGUUGGUUCUUGUACUUCAAAGGUUAAAUCAUAUCAAUGAACUGAAAUUCGACAAAGUUGUUGGCUCAAAUAUUUCACUAAAUAAACCCGAGAACACUAUUACCUCACUGUCAUCUGUGAACAACUUUUUGGAGACAUAUUCAUUAUAUCACAUGAAUGAGUCAGAAAAGACAAUAAAUCUUUUAGGAUGCAAUACAGUUGCCAGUUCUUCACUAGAACAACAAGUGUCAUUUACCUUAGAUAACUCUGAUGAAACACAGAGUGAAUUUAGUUUGGUAUCUGGCCAGUCAAACGAAAAUAUGAACGGUUGUCCAAUAGAACAACUUCCUCCAAAGGAAUUAUCGAUCAAUUCAAUUUGUGCUUAUCAAUCAAGAUUUGUGCAUCCAAAGGAUUUGUUUUCAUUCGAUCACUACAUUUAUGUUUACGCUAGCAUUAUUUACUCUCUACGCGAAUACAUUUUACACGCUCAUCUUCUUCGAUCUUGGUCGUACAAUAUUCGUACAAAUUCAUUAUCCCACAUAUGGCCUUACGUUCAAACAAAUGCUAUGAUUCUACUUUCAUGUCCAGACAUGCGAUGCAGUUCUAACUUAGUUCCUAAACACUCCAAUGGAUCUCUUAAGUCUGCACAGUGUACACAUUGUCAAUGGGAGGAAGCUAAGUCAUAUUACUUUCAAUCUCCACAUAAUAAUAGUACAUUCCAGACCAUUAGAAUGAAUUCUAAGAGUGAUAUGCGUGUCCCUAAACCUCCCAAACCUCCUGAAAAACCAUUAAUGCCGUACAUGCGCUACAGCCGAAAAGUUUGGGAACAAGUUAAGAACUCGAAUCCACAUCUCAAGUUGUGGGAGGUUGGGAAAAUUAUUGGGCAAAUGUGGCGUGAGCUCCCUGAUGAUGAAAAAAUACUAUAUGUCGAAGAGUACGAUGCCGAGAAAACCCAAUACACGGAAUUACUACGGCAGUACCAUAGUUCGCCAGCUUAUCAGGCUUGGUUGGUAGCGAAGGAAAGAGCUGAGAAAAGCAUGGAAGAACAAGACCAAGGGCGCAGGCAAUCAAUUUUAAGGUCGAGAGACCGUGGGAAUGAACUUCCUCAGGGUGAUUUGAGGGAGUCAUAUAUACUGGAAGAUAACGAAGAAGAUACUGAAGACCAAUUCACUGCGAAGCAUGUAGCAGCCGCUCGUUUCCAGAGAAACCAUCGUCUCAUGCAAGAAGUUUUAAGUGAUACGAGACUCCCUGAUCCUGGUCAACUAAUCACCCAAAGCCGUCUUAACACGCUGCGUUUGCAAGUAGAGCAACUGAAAAACCACAAGCGCAAUUUAUGUCAAGAGAUUGAAGGGUGCGAAGCAAGACAUCAAGCCAAAGUGCAGCGCAUUCGUGAAGAAUCUGAACGUUUUCGAUUAGACUAUCAAAAAAUAACGACAGCAAGACCAGUUAUCACUGAGUCUCAGUUUGCCGAUAUGAUAAUUAAAGCGAAGUACGAUAUGCAGCGUGAAGAAGAGGAGCGUAAGACUCGUUAUUUGGCGGAAUUAGAAAUCAGACGCAAGCGUCAACAGCAGCGGCAGCAGAGAGAAGCGGAGCUACUGGAAUCUGAACGCAGACGUCAAUUACUACAUCAACAACAGUUGCAGCAAGUUCAUAUGAGACCAAAUCAGGCAGCCCCACCGCACAAUGACCCGAAUAUUCAAUUUAGUGACCGCUCAUUAGAAAGACUGAUAGCACAGGACAAAAGAGAAGAUACGAGUUCACAACCCCCACAAAAGUUGCCUUCUGCUUCAGCCAAUUUAUUGUGUCCUGCAAAUCAUCCGAAGGCAGCUUCAGAAAUUGGACAUGAAAUCAACCCAGGUUUGUAUGCUGGAAUCGGAAAUACAUUCACACAACCAGUUACUCAAAGUUCAUCGCAAAGGUUUCCUCAGUCCGGUCAUACCCAGCACCACUAUCCACCCCCAUUACAUUAUGUGCCCAACGCCGCGACACCGGCAAAUCCACCCGUUUUAAUUCAUCAGCGUAGUCCGGUCCCAAAUAUACAACAAGCAGCACAAAAUAACACAGGUAAACCAAAUGCAGUAUCUUUAGGCCGUACCAAAAAAGUUCCUUCAUCUGCAUCUUCUACUUCAUCGGCCUCUUCUGCUUCGUCAACGUCGUCAAAAAAGAAAAAGGUUGAUUCUGACCUUGUUAAAGAUGCUGUUGUAACCACAACUAGUCAGGAUAUGCGAGAACGACCUAUCUCUCGGUCUGGCGAAGGAGUAGUCGAUCAGACUAAACCUGGUGACUUUGAUAUGACUCCUGGACAGUCCAACGAAUUUCAGCAAGGGUCCACAACCCAAUCAAGGCAACUCAUUACUUCUCAAUAUCAACAAGCCCCAGCUCUUGCUAACCCCGUUGUUCCAGCGCAAAUUUCGGGGGGUCCGGUGCAGACACCCUACUGCUACGAAAUUGGCAUUGGGAAUCCGUCGAACCCCACUUUGUCUGCUGGCAGUUAUUAUCAUCAACCUGUCUCCGUUUCUAAUCCUGUGGGCUACUCUCAUCCUCGCCCUCAGUUUUCACAACACACUCCUUACAAUUCCGUUCAGUAUCAUCCAGUUCCACCACAACCAUCUGCGGAGCAUCCACCUCCCCCACCAAUGUAUAUUCAGCACAUGCCACAACAGUCUCAUGUUCCUCAGCUCGUCCCACCGAUGGUAGGUCCCACUCAACAUGCUUCAAGUCAUAUUCCACCCCAGCAACAUAACUCAAAUAACUGGCAUCAUGGUGGCCCACCACCGUAUUCACCACAUUAUGGUCCUCCCCGUUACCCAGUCGUAGGUGGCUCAGUGGGAUACCCAAUGCAGACUCCGAGAAAUUUCGGUCCCAAUUCCAGCGGUUAUUCAAUGCCUCACUAUCUUGUUGGUCAACACGGCCCUCAAACUCAUCCACACCAAAAUAUUUCAUCAGUACCUGUUUCUAUCCAGGACAGUCCUGCUGCUUCUCAGCCAAUUCCGGCACCACCACCGUAUCAACAACAGCAACAGCCAAAUUCUGUCGUCAGUUAUUGGCCUACACAACAACAAGUACCUCCAGACUAUGUUCAGAGUCAACAUCCAUCUCACUACAUGCCUGGAUCUCAGACUGAGCCAGUCGUUCCAAAUCAACAAACUCUGUCAUCUGUUGAUAACGUCCAUCCGUGCUCUACUAUGUCGGUGUCCUCUGCAGACGUUGGUAUGGGUCAGAUGGUAUCUAACCAGUCUCAAGGAGCCAAUAUUUAUUAUCAAGGUUGUCCUGUACCACCAUAUACCCAUGGUAGUAAUGUGGGGCCGAGUGGUUUUUAUUCUGUACCAUCACAACAUUACACGCCUCAUCAACACAGUGGUCAUUCUUGGUCUGGUUAUUCUAAUUCUGGUCCUUCCCAAGUUCCGGCCUAUCCACAAUCACAGCAACAUACACACCACCAGUCACCUCAAUGUAGUACGGGUGCUUCUUAUCCUAUUCCCCAAAUAUCAACAAAACCGGAUCAAACUGUGGCAAAUGUUCCUUCGGAUAAUUCAACUAGCGUUGGUGCCUCUGGAGGUUCUAAUAGUCGACCACCAUCUACAAAUGACAAAUAA